UUAGAUAUUCAGAAGAGAACGUUUGCUUUGGGCGUGGAGUUUUUUUUUGCGUGAUUGCUUAUAAACACUUUAAAGAAUAUUGUACUUUUCAUUUGCGAGUAAAUCCGUUUAUUUUAUAAAAUUAACACUAGUGAAUCAAAGCUUUCAAAAAAAAAAAAAUCUACAUGGGAGCUAGUAAUCGUAACACAAUCGUGGCAGUAGGAUUGUCAGCUGUGGCUUUUAGUCUUUUUCUGAUAGCAUUUGCAACACCUUAUUGGCUUGUUACUGAUGGCCGUUUGAAAAAUCCGCGCUUUACAAAUUUGGGCUUAUGGGAAGUGUGCUUUAGAAGUUUUCAAGAUAUCCAUCGUUUUUUUGAUACAGAAUUUAAAGGCUGCAUGUGGGUCUUUGAAGAGGAAUAUUACAUCAUUCAUGACUUCCUGUUACCUGGGUUUUAUAUAGCCGUUCAAUUGUUCGCGACAUUAUGUUUCGUAACAUGUCUAAUCGCUUUGCCGUUGACUCUAUCGUUUCUACGUACAUCUAGAGAUGAUGAUCGCUACGUAUUCCUAUUGCUUACGAUAGGAUCAUUCCAAGUUUUGGCUUCGUUUUUCGGUUUGCUGGCAGUGAUAAUAUUCGGGGCUAAAGGUGACUCACGUGAUUGGAUGCCACAUUGGCAAAAUAAUGAUAUGGGCUGGUCUUUUGCUUUAGCAGUGAUUGGUUCGUCAUUUCUUAUGCCUGCAGGCGUUAUGUAUAUAGUGGAAGCACGAAGAGAACGCUAUCGUCGUUUGAAUGAGAUAAGUAAUCGAGAAGCCAUAAGUGAAUACGGUGGCGAUGACUACUAUCAACAACAACAAGCUGCCCAUCAAUAUUUUGCACCUGAACCUAGCCGACCUCGACGCCCAACCUCAGGCCAACGCGCUUCGAGUACAGCCACUACAAGUGGCGGUGGCAUUCAAACAGAUAUAUAAACUAGCUUUGUAUGCAAGUAAAACAUUCUGGAUAUUUUCUGUUUUUAAAACAUAUCCGUCCCUCUAUAUAAUAUCCAAUUAUAUAAUGACCAAUUAAAAGAGCAUAUAGGCAAUUCCGUAUAUCUCUACGUAUUAAUAUUGUAUUAGUAUUUUUAUAUAUUUAAGACUCUCUGUAACAAAAUUUUUUUAUAUAAACUUCUAUAGUUUCAUAUAUAUACAUUUUCACAUCACAUAUUUUCUACGGUUUUAGUGUACUUCUAAUCUCUACUACAAAUAGCUACACAUCAAAUACGGAAGUACUUGCAUAAUUCACAUAAAGAAAGAAAAACGGGAAA